AUGUUUUUCGACGGAUUUCCGACCGUUUCACUCCGUCAGUUCCACAUUGUCGGAAAAGUUAAGGACGUCGGAAAUCCAUCGAAAAUCUUCGUCGGAAUCCGUCGGAAAUAUUUACCGAUGGAUAACCGAGGGUUUAUCCACAACGGUCUUGGUCGGGAGACCCGUGGGAAAUCCACCGGAAAACGCCGUCGAAAUCCGUCGGAAAUAUUCCCGACGGAUUACCAAGAGUAUAUCGACAACAGUCGAGAUUGGGAAAUCCGUCGGAAAUGCAUCACUUAUUUGUUCAACGGAAUUUGGUCGGAAUUGCAUUGA